CCUUCCUCUGGACGCCACCUCCCGGAAUCGCCUUUUUUGUUGUUGUUUUGGAGCUGGCUUCUCACUGGCGGCGCAGAGGGGCUGCGAACGCUGGAGAGGAAGGCGGGCUGGGGGCACAGCCCGCCGCCCACCGGCGGGACCCGGCGGGGCAGAGCGGAGGACGGACAGUCGGCUGGGCGCGCCAUCUGCUCUCCAGAGCUCACUCUCCAAACUCCUGUUGAGUGUGUGCGUGCACGCGAAGGGUGGGGGUCCACGUCCCGCGUGCGGGACUGGUUACCGCGGGGUUACCUUUGGCCGGGGGUCCUUGGACUCAGAUCUGGGUCAGCUUCAGGCUCAGAAACUACUGAGGAAUUAGGCAAACAAAAGAGGCCACUCAGCUAGUGGCCAGAAGUCGCCCGAGCGCCUCGUCGCGUCCCCUCCUUUCCCCGGGGCGGGGGCCGGUCACUUGGGGGCGGGGAGAGGGCGCCCCAGCCGGCUGGGGGCUGGGGGCCGGGCCGGGCCGCCGGGGUCGAAGCGUUGGCGGCCUGUUGUGUAAGCCUCAGUCCUUGUUUUCCCGGCCUGGCUAGUUGUGAAGCCGGACACAUCCACCCUUGGAUUCGAUUCAGGAGGCUGCUGCUUUUCUCCUUGCCCCUCUUGGAUUUUCUGGAUUUUUGAAAACCCAGUGGCCCAGGAAGAGGAGGAGGAAGGAGGAAGGAGCAGAUCUACAGAGGAAUGUGAGAGCCUCCCAAGGCCUGUGGAGCCAGAAGGAGCUGGGAGCCAGAGCUGCCGGGGUUUCUGGGACGGUGGUUUCUGAGUGAUUCUCUUCUAUUUUAGAACAUUGUUCCAGUGGAGAGUGUCGAAUUCUUGCCCUCUCAGAGCUGACUUCUCCGAGUCACUUGACUUUGCUUCUGGGAGUGGGAGGAGGAGAGACUCUCCCUUUUAGGGGCUGAGGAAGGAAGGGAGGAAGACCAUGGACAUGAGCUCUCCCUGCCCACAGGCGUGUGCAGGGAGACCUGUUUCUGGGCCGUGGACAUUGCUUUGAAGAGAGGGAGGCUGGACACCAUCUGUGGGUGCUGAGACCCCGCCGUAGGGGCUGAGAGACUGAGGGCUGUGGCAGACCUUGAGUUGCUAGUGCAUUCUUGGACACCCUAGCAAGUGUCCCCAGUUCUGGGCAGGACUCUGUCCUCAUCUUUCUCUACCACUGGCCCAGACAUGGCACUAAAAGGCCGAGCCCUCUAUGACUUCCGCAGCGAGAACAAGGAGGAAAUCAGCAUCCAGCAGGAUGAGGACCUGGUCGUUUUCAGCGAGACCUCGCUGGAUGGAUGGCUGCAGGGCCAGAACAGCCGCGGUGAGACAGGGCUCUUCCCCGCCUCUUACGUGGAGAUCAUCCGUUCUGGCACUAGCUCCAACCAUGCCGACUACUCCAGCAGUCCUGCAGGCUCUCUGGGCACUCAGGUGAGCUUAUACAACAGCUCCAGCGUGGCAGACCCUUCCUGGAGUGGUGGGGGCAGUGGCUUCCUCUCAAACCAGGGUAGUUUCGAGGAGGACGAUGAUGAUGACUGGGAUGACUGGGAUGAUGGAUGCACAGUGGUGGAGGAGCCACGGGCUGGUGGGCUGGGCGCCAACGGGCACCCCCCACUCAACUUCUCCUACCCUGGCGCCUACCCCAGCCAACACAUGGCCUUCCGGCCCAAGCCACCCCUGGAGCGGCAGGACAGCCUGGCAUCUGCCAAGCGAGGCAGCGUGGUGGGGCGCAACCUCAACCGCUUCUCGUGCUUCGUGCGCUCUGGCGUGGAGGCCUUCAUCCUGGGUGAUGUGCCCAUGAUGGCCAAGAUCGCUGAGACAUACUCCAUUGAAAUGGGCCCUCACGGCCCCCAGUGGAGGGCCAACCCCCACCCAUUUGCCUGCUCCGUGGAGGACCCCACCAAACAGACGAAAUUCAAGGGCAUCAAAAGCUACAUCUCCUACAAGCUCACACCCACACACGCUGGCUCACCUGUCUACAGGCGCUACAAACACUUCGACUGGCUCUACAAUCGCCUGCUGCACAAGUUCACUGUCAUCUCGGUGCCCCACCUGCCAGAGAAGCAGGCCACAGGCCGCUUCGAGGAGGACUUCAUUGAGAAGCGGAAGCGGCGGCUCAUCCUCUGGAUGGACCACAUGACUAGCCACCCCGUGCUGUCCCAGUACGAGGGCUUCCAGCAUUUCCUUAGCUGCCUGGAUGACAAGCAGUGGAAGAUGGGAAAACGCCGGGCCGAGAAGGACGAGAUGGUGGGCGCCAGCUUCCUGCUCACCUUCCAGAUCCCCACGGAGCACCAGGACCUGCAGGAUGUGGAGGACCGUGUGGACACCUUCAAAGCCUUCAGCAAGAAGAUGGACGACAGCGUCCUGCAGCUCAGCACCGUAGCAUCGGAGCUGGUGCGCAAGCAUGUGGGGGGCUUCCGCAAGGAAUUCCAGAAGCUGGGCAAUGCCUUCCAGGCCAUCAGUCAUGCCUUCCAGAUGGACCCCCCCUUCAGCUCCGAAGCCCUCAACAGCGCCAUUUCUCACACGGGCCGUACCUAUGAAGCCGUGGGUGAGAUGUUCGCCGAGCAGCCCAAGAACGACCUCUUCCAGAUGCUCGACACGCUGUCUCUCUACCAGGGCCUGCUCUCCAACUUCCCCGACAUCAUCCACCUGCAGAAAGGUGCCUUUGCCAAGGUGAAGGAGAGCCAGCGCAUGAGUGACGAGGGCCGCAUGGCGCAGGACGAGGCAGAUGGCAUUCGCAGGCGCUGCCGCGUGGUGGGCUUCGCCCUGCAGGCUGAGAUGAACCACUUCCACCAGCGCCGCGAGCUCGACUUCAAGCACAUGAUGCAGAACUACCUGCGCCAGCAGAUCCUCUUCUACCAGCGGGUAGGCCAGCAGCUGGAGAAGACGCUGCACAUGUAUGACAGCCUCUGACCACGUGUCCCUGGUCCUCUCCCCGCCCCUGGGGCCUGGUGGCUGCGGUGCAUGCUGCCCUCCAGACCUUCCCACACCAGCAGUGCCUGGCUGGUCAGGGGUGGGCUUUGGAGGAGUCAUGGAUAUCCCUGGGGAAGUCCCCCACCCCUUAGAGUUAGGGGCACAGCAGGGGUGAGAAUGGGGCCAGGAGCCCUCCAGGCCAAGGCCUGGGCUGCUGGUCAGUCACUUGAGGUCAGGCCAGGGUCUUAGCCUCCCCUAGAGCCUAUAGCGCUCGCUCACCUGGCCACCAUCCCUUCGUUCAUUCAGCAGACGCGCAGGCCUGCUGCGGCCCCGGGUCAGACACUGGGCAUCCAGGGCUGCGACACGCCUGCUCUUGGGGAGUCCCCAGUUGAGGUGGGGGUCAGACCCAGAAACAGGCAGGGGCAAUACAGAAAGAUUGAUGGUAAAUAGCUCGCAGAAGGGACCACUCGUUCUGCCAGUCAGGGAUGACUCUGUGGAGUAGGUGACAUUCAAGUAGUGUCUUGAAGAAUGACAAGGACCUACCAGACAGUAAGUGGGGACAGUAGAUGGGGAGGGCAUUCAGAGGAGAAGAACAGCAUGGGCAAGGCUGUGGAGGCAUGAAAAGACCCCAUCUUCUCUCCUUUACCUUUCCCAAGCAAAUUUGGUGCCCCCCUCGGUGGUGUCCCCUUGUGUGACAGAGGGGAGGGAUCUGCCUUGCUCCCAUGCCCCUGUCCCCGCCCCAUCUCCGCCCCCCCCCCCCCUGCAGGAGGGGCUGCAGGCCAACUCCCUCCUGACUCCCCUUCACCAGCUGAGCCCCCUCACCCCUUGGCUAGGGGACCAUGCAGCAUCUUUGCCCUGGGCUCAAGGUGCUAAGACAAGCCUCGGAUCCCAGGACCCUGGUGGCACCUUCCUGGAGGGGACACCCAAAAGUUACUGGGUAUUUGAGUUCACCAGCAAUAGCUCCCACACUCCAAGUAGGCUUGGGCCUCAGGCUCCCAGGGACCAGCUUACCCACCACCCCAGGGAUCCUGGGCCCACCUGCCCACAGCCAGCCUCACUGUGAUGCCAGCCCAGGUUCUGGUGGGAUUGUGCUGUCUCCCACCCAUGUUUACAUCCUCGAGGGGGCUCCCCCCACACCCCCAGGCCAGGGCGUGGUCCAGCAGUGGGUUGGGGGAACUGACAGGUGCCACUGCUGGCCCCCCCAGGAGGUCGUGGCUGUUCCUGGCUGCUGCUGCUUCAAUCUUCUUUCUUUCUUGUUUUCUUGAUAAACCUUUUACAGUUAAGAUAACAAAAAUAUGACUCCUUAUUUGGAUCCCAUGGGGAUGAGGGUGGGGGAAAGGAUACAGCCCUAAUUGUCCCUGGGAGCGAUUGGACCAGAUUCUGAGGUCGUGAUGGGCACAACAUUUACCCCAGAACCUCAGAAGUUGGGGGGAGGAUGGUGCUGGAGGCAGGGGCUAGCUGGGGACCUCUGGGUGACCCUGGACCCCAGCUGGAUGCAUACCCUUCCCAGACCUCACUCUCCUCAUCUCUCAAAUGGGUGGAGUCCUGCCAGGGGUUUGGCUUUGCUGCUCUGUGAUCUAGGACUGAAGGUCACGUGAGGAAGGGACAGUCUAAUCGAUAGGGGGUUCCUCUCCCCGGGAGGGAUAUCCCAGCCUUGCCCACAGGAAAGCCCCAGUCCAGGGGAGGGGGUGGUGUCUCAGAACCUGUGUCCUUCCCCAAGCUGUCCAGUCCAGGCUGCCCAGCCCUGCAGUGGCUGCCCAGUUGGAAACUGAGGUGGACCCCCGAGCUAUGCCCUUGGGGGUGUCCCAGGCAGGAUGAACAGGAAUCUGUUUGCACACGGGAAGGAGGGGGGCUGGGGGGCCGCGGUUCUCUUGGGGCAAUGGGGACUUGGUGGAGGGAGGGCUGCUGGGGUCUGGACAUCAGGGGAGGCUUUGGCCGGGCUGGGGGCGGGGGAGCUCAUGGCAGUGAGAUGGAGGAAGGGGUGGCAGGUGCAGUGGGGAAGGGGCAGCAGAGGCUCCCUGUUCAGGGCAGAGUGUCCUCAGAGGAUCUUUUGGAAUGGGCCCCUGGCCCUGGGUCAAAAUUAGGUCAGAUUUGGGACUUUCUGUGGAAUUUUCCCUUCUCUCCUCCCUGCCCUCCUUCCUUCAUUUUCCAACCCAUCCGAGGACCUUCCCACCCUUAACCUCUUCCCCUCUCCAACCUCCAGGCGGCCUUCUGCAGUGAGCGCUCUGACCAUGGGCAGGGCGGUGGGGGGUCUCCUUCCCAGGCCCAGUCAGCGCUGGGGGCGGUGGGAAUGCUCUUCUCAACACACAGUGCCUGGAAAGUCCCCUAUUCAUGCUUCUUGCCCUGGGAAUAGUAUUGCCCUCUUGUGUCUCUUUCUUGAGCGCGGGGCCACCUCCCAUGCCUUCCAUCCUCCGGGUGAGGGGUUGGUCUGACGCUUUUCUCAGGAGGGGCUUGCACCUAGGAAAAGCAUCAGAACGUGAAGUCUUGGAAUGGGCCAGGCCUCCUCCAGGCAUCCUGAGGGCUCUAGGCAGGGACAGACAUACAUGUGAGGGGAAAUGAGGAUGUCACAACCCUUCUCUCUGGUUCCUUUCUAUCUCUGUGUGGGUUUGAGUGUUGGGGGAAUUUGAGAUUUGUCUGGGCUGGCCGGAGCCUCUUUCAGCAGGGGACUGGGGACCAGUGUGUGUGUGGGGGGUAUCCUGGUGGUGGCUGGGCCUGCGGGCUGGCCUCAGUCUCAUGCCAGGCAGAUGUUCCAGACUGAGCUGAGCCCAGCUGCCUCCAGUUUCCUCCCUGAGGCGGGUGGAAAACAAGGCUUCUCUUUCUGCCCUGGGCAACUACCAGGACCUGGAGCUGAAGGGUGGGGGACCUCUGAUCCCCAGUCUUGGCCCAGCCCAGGAAAGGAGUCUGCUUUGUGGCCACAUAUGGGGGUUGGGGAUGGAGGUGGCCCUCAGAUUCUGCAUCCUAUUGCUUCCUGGACACAGGAGUGCCAUGAACCACCAUGCCACAGCUGUGCCACGGCUGUAACAGAGCCAGGCCUGGUCACAGACGCAGUUGCCCAACCCAAAGCAGACAGAGCCAUACAACCUGCGCGCGGCACACAGGUCACACCUGGCUCCACACUCACACACACAUAUGCAUGGUCAUGUGCUUGCACAACUGCACUCCCAGCCACAGUGCCACAGACUGUCACACAUUCACAGCCACGUCCACACUCGUCCACGCCCACAUGCAUGUUGUCAGUCUCAGCCACGUCGUCACUCACAGCCAUACCAUAGUACUGUGCACGGUCAUACACUCGCGUAGUGACACACACACUCAGACACACAUGGCCAUGAAGUCACACAUGCACAUACAGAUGUGUCACAAAUGUAGAUGCUCUUGGACUCCACCUGCACCGCCUCCUGGGGGAGCCAGCCCCGAUCAUCCGUCAUCUGACAUCACCAAGUUCAAUUCCUCAUUGCACAGAUGGGAAACUUGAGGUCUAGUGAGCAGUGGCAUUUGGCUGCAUCACCCAGUGGGGCGGGGGUAUGCUCUGGGGUCAGAGCCCAGUUCCCAUCAGGCUCUGGCCUGGCCUUGCCCACCCCUGGGUCAGUCCCCAGGGCCAGGCUGCCUCUGAAGGCCCCUGGCUGAACCUAGUCAACAAAGUUCCAGGCAUCUCCCAUCUUCGGAGCCAGAGCUGAGGCUGCAGCAUCAGAGUGCAGGAGCCAGAAUGUGGUGGGCAGGGCCCAGGCCUGGGCGGGAGGAACAUUCCUGCACCAUCUCCUCCCCAAGCCUGCGAGGACUGGGCCCGCCCUGCCUGCCUGCCCGCUGACUCAGGCCUCCAGGAGCCAAGCCAGCUUGGCUCCCUCACCCACCCCCAACCCACCCCAACCUGCUUCCCCACCACUGCGGCUCUGGUACCUCCUUCCGCUGUUUGGGGCAAGAGGAGAUGGUGAGCCCUGGCAAAAAGACCAUGAGGAAACAUAAAAAUUCACCUCCCCCAGACAUAGCUCAGAAGGGUUGAUUGUGAAACCCCACUCCCGGGUUCAACAAAGCUUUUUUCCUUCGGUUUUGUUUUGUUAGUCAAACCCCAAUGCAGUCCAGUCUGUUUAAAAAGCAGUGUCUCACACAGCUGUGGCCUCCUUGGUCCGCAUGGCAGCCCUGGUAGGCAUCAUUAUUCCAUUUCACAGACAAAGAGACUGAGGCUUGGCCAGAGGGAGGAUGGGAACUGCCUAGGAUCACACAGUGGGGCCCAGGUGGGGCUGGACUUGAACCCAGCUCUCUGGCUUCAUUCCCUAAAGUCACCUUGAUUAACUCACAUAGGUCUGGAGGACGAAGGGGUAGCAGAUCUUCGCUCCAGAGUUGUGAAAGAAUGGGAGGCUGGCAAACCAACUGCUGAAACGUGCAGGGACUUUGAGGGUCGGGUGAGUCCCGCCAGCCCCCCAGGGAUGAAGAGGCUGAGGGCGGCAUUGCACAGUGGCGUCUACAGUGACUCAGGGUCUCCGAUUACAAAUGAACAUGUGUGAGGAACAUCACUUCACUUUUCUGUAACUGACCUGAAUUUCUCUUUUGCUUUCUCAUUAACCAACCUGAUAGAAAAUAAUCUGAAAUCAAUUUGGGACCCCUCCUUUCCCCAGGGAGGCAUGUAAGUUUUGGGGAUGGCGCAUUUGAAGACCCUACACAGGCCCCUGGCACCUUGAAUUUUAGAAGCUGAAUUCCCUCAUCCUAUCACUCAUAUGAAAAUUUGCCUGCAUUCCACAUUAAAGGUCUUUCACAUAUACCUACUUGAGCUGGGUUCCGUUAAUUACUUGACAAUGUCUUGUAGAUAUUUAAUUAAAUUUUCUUCAUUUUGA